AUGGCUCCCAAAAUUGCCAUCAUUUAUUACUCCAUGUACGGCCAUGUUGCCCAACUUGCCCAAGCCGAGAAGAAGGGUAUCGAAGAGGCCGGCGGCACUGCUGAUAUCUACCAAAUCGAAGAGACCCUCCCCCAAGAAGUCCUGACCAAAAUGCACGCGCCGGGCAUGAACAAGGAUAUCCCCGUCGUCACCCCCGAGAUCUUGCUGAAGUACGACGCUUUCCUCUUUGGCAUCGCCACCCGUUAUGGCACAUACUCUGCGCAAUGGAAGACCUUCAUCGAUAGACUCGGCGGACAUUGGCAGACCGGCGCGCUGUUUGGAAAAUACUUUGGCUUGUUCAUCAGCACAGCUACCAUGGGUGGUGGGCAAGAGACCACAGCCAUCACGGCCCUCUCGUCCUGGAUUCACCAGGGCAUGGUCUAUGUUCCUUUGGGAUAUGCUAAAGCGUUCCCCAUCAUGGCCGAUCUCAGCGCCGCUCGUGGCGGUAGCCCAUGGGGCGCAGGAACAUUCGCCGCCGGUGACGGCUCCAGACAGCCCUCAGCUCCCGAGCUGGAGCUCGCUACGAUCCAGGGCAAGUCAUUCUAUGAGCAACUCAGCAAGGUCAAUUUUGCGUGA